CAGAUUAGAUGUUAUCGCCAUACAAAAUGGGAACAGCACUUCUAUAAGAUUAAUUACAUGUUAUUAAUACUCAUAAGCAGGGCUAGAAACUGCUUGUCAUUAGUGAAAAAUGUUUUUGUUGUUUACAUUGCUGGUAACUAGUAUUCUUUUGCUUUCUUCCCAUGGCUUCAACUUGGAUACAAAUCACCCCAUAAUGUAUGAAGAUCCAUUGAAAGGGACAGGAGCAAGGGGCAGCUAUUUUGGCUUCACUGUGUUACUUCAUUCAGGAAUCAAGCCUUGGGUUCAGAUUGGUGCCCCUCGUGGUAAUGAUACCAAGCUGUAUCCUGGUGUCAUAGAACCAGGUGUGGUGUUCAGAUGUCCUAUUGCAGAAUCAUGUGAUGCAGUAAAGUUUGAUACUGCUCAAAAUGAAAAGGAAUAUGGAAAAGGAAAAUUGAAAUACCAAGAACAAAAAAAUGCAGCUUGGAUUGGAGGAGCAAUGGAUAUCCGAGAAGAGGAAGGGGAUGUUGUUGUGUGUGGUCAUCGGUGGAGAAAUACAUACAAGAGGACUUCAAUUGAUUUCAUGAUUGGUGUAUGUUACUGCUCAAAAAUAGAGCAGAAUAUUUCAUCUGCUAAUGGUGUCUACAAAUUAUUGCCUCUGCUUAAUCAAGAUAUGUAUACUGCUCUUGUGAAUAAGCAGCAUGUAGCGAACUAUGCGGUGGGUCAAGCAGGGAUGUCUGUUCACUUCCCUUCACAUAAGCCACAGAAUAGGUCAGAACUACUGAUUGGUGCACCUGGAGUAUAUCUUUCUAGAGGAGCAUCUAUUCAUUAUGCAGUAUUUCAAGCAACAGACUGGAGUGUGACUGAGCAAGAUACUGUAAAUAUAAGAGGAUUUUCCAAAAUGAAAUAUUUUGGUUAUCAAGUCAGUUCUGGAGAGUUCUUUCAUGGCAAAAGGUUCUAUGUAGCUAGUGGCCCUCAAGGUGCAGAUAACAAGGGGAGUGUAUAUAUUUAUAGAAAAGAAGUGGGUGUACCAUAUAUGGUAAAGAAGACUUUGGUUGGGGAAAAGGUUGGUGAGUUUUUUGGAGGAAGCCUUGCAGUAGCAGAUGUUAAUGGUGAUGGUCUGGAUGAUCUGAUAGUUGGAGCACCCAUGUACACCAUUUCACAUGAUGAGGGCCGAAUUUAUGUCUUUAUAGCAAAUUCACAGUCUACAAUGUUUAGUAAAGCACAGAAGAUUGAUGGCAGAAACCAGGGUGCUCGAUUUGGAACUGCAGUUGUUGCAGUGGGUGAUCUGGACAAGGAUAAAUUUGCUGAUAUUGCAGUGGGUGCACCUUAUGAAAAUGGCAAUAUUGGAUCUAUCUACAUCUACAGUGGUAGUACUUUGGGUCUAACACUAACUCAGAAAAUUAUGGCACAAGAUAUAUCUUCAAACCUUAGAGGAUUUGGUAUCAGCAUUGCUCGAGGAGCUGACAUUGAUAUGAAUAAGUAUGUUGAUAUUGCAGUUGGUGCAUUUCAGUCUGGACAUGUGGUUUUAUUCAGGGCGUACCCUGUGGUUUAUUUUCAAACAACAGUUCAUACUGACGUCCAUCAACUCCAUGGAAAUGAGACAUAUUUCAAUAUUACUGUGUGCCUUUCUUACAUAGGAAAGGAUGUUCCCAGUUCUCUUAAUGUAACUAGGGAAAUUAUAUUAGAUGAAAAGCUCCAUAGAGCCUCUAUUUCAGGUGUAAACAAACCUUACAGACAUUCUGUUAUUGUUCCUGACAGUGGAAGAUGUGAAGCCUUCAGAAUUUACUUGAAAAGGGCACAUUUAGAACAGCACCUUCUUGAGCCUAUCAGUAUAAGGGUGAGUCAGAAACUGAUCAGAAGUGAAGAAAUUAAAACAUUGCUCUUGGUUGGAAGAAAUAUUUCACAGGAGCAGGAUACAUUCAAGAAAUAUAUUCCUGUUGUAAAUGAAAAGCAGUCCAUCAGCCAUAUGCAGAUAAACAUACCCUUUGCAACUGGUUGUGGUGAGGACAAUAUUUGCAUCUCUGAAUUACAUCUGAAGUCCAGCUUCUCAAGUUUAAUAUCUGGAACUUUUGUAAUCGGGUCAAAAUCAGAGUUGGAGCUAAAAAUUGGUUUAGUUAAUACUGGGGAACCUGCAUAUAUGGCUGGUGUCAACAUAACUAUACCUUUCCCCGUAGAACUUGCUAAAGGUCACAUGGACUGUCAAGAAAGCUCUUUGCUACAUGGUUUGCAGUUGAAUUGCUAUCUUGGCAAUCCUCUCAGGUCUGGAAACCAAAAAGAGUUGACAGUGCAUCUGGAUAUGAGUGGUGUAAAAGUUGGAACAGAGUAUCUCACAUUUAACAUUUCAGCUUACACCAAAAGUAAAGACAAGAAUUUGCAUGAGAAUUUUCAACAGCUGCACCUUAAUUUAACCACGGAUGCCAAUAUCAGUAUUCUUGGGAAGUCAGAAGAAGAUGUAUACUCUUACUUCAAAGCAAAUGAAAUGAAGUUUAAACAGAUAUAUGAGGUGCAGAAAGUUGGAUUGAGUUCAGUUGAUGUUGCAGAAAUUGAUAUCAGCAUUCCAGUACAAUGGUUUGAACCAAACAGAAAAAAAAUUAAUCUCUUGGAAUUGUACAGCCCAAAGGCAUAUCUUAAUGGACAACCAUUAUCGUGCUCUUCAAGUAUUCGAUUUCACUCAGAAGAUGAUGUACAAGAUGAAGACAUUCUUGAUGAUGAAUCAAAACCUGAUAUGCAGAAUCAAGAAAGCCAGGAGACAAGAGACUUGUCAAAGAUUCAAAAUGAGGCAAAAGGAUACCAACCACCAGCAAACCGUACUUUAUUUCUGAAUUGUUCCACUCCAAAUGUUGUGUGUAAUACUGUAAAAUGCACGGCUGGCCCUUUUGAGAGCACCCCCCAGUCUUCAGCUGUAAUAGCAAUAAUGAUGACCUUAAAAAUCAGUGAUCUAGGCACACUUAUGGGCAAGAAGGAUAUUGUUCACCUGACUACAAGUGGUUCAGUUACUAUCAAGAAACCUGAAAAUUUGAAUUUCAUAGCAGGGAACCAUUCAGUAACAGUAUCUUCCAUUUUCAUUGGAAAUGUCCAAAAGGAAGUAGUAGCCACAUGGAUCAUUGCAUUGGCUAUCAUAGCUGGUAUCCUCCUCCUUAUGUUGCUCGUGAUAGGUUUGAUGAAGGCUGGAUUCUUUGAGAGAAGAAAGAAAGAAGAGUUAAAGGCUUUGAAGGCUGUUGAUGUGGGUGUUGUUGCUGAUGUUUGGCAUGGUUGACUACUAUGACUCUGAAGAUGGACGUAGCAUGUACUUCUAAAAUGUGGGCAGCAUUGCCGCCAGUGACACAAUGUAGCAACCCAAGAACAGAAUUAACUUCAACAACUUAUCUGCAUUCUAACCACAAAUCUCAUUAAUGUAAUAGCAUUUAUGCUAACAGAAUUAAAAUUAUUAGUACCAAACAUUUUAUCAAAACUUCUUACAGUUUUUACAUCAUAAGCUCAUAACUGUAAAAAUAAACUCUUGUAAAAAGAGAAGUUUUGUUUUUAGUAUGGUGGAACUACAGGUAUUUCACACAGUAACUGGUGGGAUGCAACAUGCAGAAAGUUGAAAAUUACUGUCCCACACAGUACCCAAGCCAUAUUAGGAACAUGUCUGAAUAUAUCAGCUGCUUAGUGCAAUGUCUAGUCUUUUAGAUCACAAAGUGUAAAUGUGAGAUUUGAGGUUCUCAUGGUGGUGAAUAUGAACAUUGUAUUCUUCUGGGAUGUGAUGUGGUGCAGUCUGGUAUGAAGGCACCAAUGUUGCGAAAGAAGCUGUAGCCUCCAUCUUCAGUGUUGAAGAGUGAUUCUUCUGCUCUGAAAAUGGAGAUAGCAGGUUCCUCCUCUUGUCAUAUUUGAAUCUCAUUUUACCCUUCUUCUCUUGUGCUUCCCCCUCACCCUGUCUCUCUUCUCCCAGUCUGCCAUUGAAAAAUGGCUCUUUAAAGAGACACUGUUCUUUACUCUUCUCCUUCCUUUCACUUCCUGUUGGCUCACUCACACCAAUUUUUUCUCUCUCUCUCUCUUUUGCAGUUCUUCAUUCCUCCCACUCUGCACUAUGAAUCAUCUCUUGUUACUGCUUUAUCUUUUAUUCUAUGUUGUGUAGUCUAUUGAAAAUCAACUGACACUUUGGAGGAACAUGUCACCUCCAUCCUUUGGACAAGCUCUGCUUUA